AUGGUUAAAGAGAGCUCAUUUAUGGAUUCACGUACUGGUUAUCUGGCGGUUGAUGGAAUGUUCGACUCUCCCUUCUGUUACAUUUCUCUGUUGCCAUAUUAUCAGUGGAUCCAAAUUGAUCUGCUUUGGUCGUAUCGCCUAAAUUUUGUUCAAGUAAUCGGGAAACUAGAGCCAAAUGUUUUUAACGUUGGACUGAAAAAUGUAAGAAUGGUAACCAUUGCAUCCUGCAACAAUCUGACCAGCCAACUGAACAGUGUGAACGUGACAUUCCAAUGUCCAAAUGAUUCAAGUAGAUAUGUUACUGUAGAUCAGAGUAACUUGUCAACUGAUAAGAUGAACAUCUGUGAAGUGGUCGUCGUGGGACUAUAUGACGAGCCUACGCUUGAGAGAAAAAAUCUUUUGUUACAAAAAAACGCCACAAUGAGUUCAACCAAGUACGACAACAACAAUUUGAUCAACCAAAAAUUUGUUUUCGUCGCCGGUCUUGCGGUAGAUGGCGUACGAGAUACUUACCUGAGUCACGGUCAUUGUGUGCACUCCACGGAAGGCGGAUAUGGAGCGAACUGGAUUCAAGUGGACAUGGGCAGCGAGUAUUUGAUCGAUUACAUUGCCUUCGUUAGCAGGAAUACUGACGUAGAUUAUGUGGCCCAACGUGUUCGCAACUUCAUCAUUGGACUGACAGCAUACAACGUCAGUGAGGUUGCUCCCGUGAGAGGGCAGUAUUCCCUGUGCAACACCUACCCUGGUGAUGUUCCAGUAUCUGCCAGGGUCACCCUUCAAUGCAAUGCCAACCUGCCUGCCUACCGGUACAUCAUCGCUCAGCAGGCCUAUGGAAUUACGGAUGGAUAUUUUUCGUUCUGUGAACUGGAAGCCUAUGAACCACAAAACACAAAACAAAAAAAUUGGAACUCAAGAAUUAAUUUCAAACUGUCGGGUUAUGAGUUCAUGGAGUUUUCGGCACCCAGGCCAUCCUGUUGCAUUAGCCAGUGCAUGCAACUUGGAGAGUCAGAAUGUGAUUCUUUCAAUUUCAACCAACAAUUUAACAUCUGCCAGCUGAACAAGCACAGGAAUAGUUUUGUGAUUGGAAAUUUAAUGUUCAACAAGAGCUGGACCUUCUGGAAUGCAACUUAUCAGCAUAUCGGAAAUCGCUAA